AUUUUAGAUUCCCCACAAUGCGACGGAUCGCCAACAGCUUCGGAAUGUUCUGUGUUCAGUUCGCUGAUGUGUAUUCUGCCGGUGACGUGGACAGCAGCGGCGACAGGCGACGUGCCCGGCCCCUCCCGUCGCCAGUCCCCCGUUGCCACUCCCUCGACGCGCACCCCUACAAGCACCCGGAACCGCUUUUCGCUGCUCGACGAUCGAGUUAUAAUCCACUGCCGGAGAUGGUUGCUGAGAGCACUGAGGCUAUAGUCGACUCACAUUCGGACAGGGUUACUCUAGAUGUUGUCUCGAGUCCUUUAAAUCCUAUAAUUCAGUCCUGUGCAGUCAGCAAUGGAUGCAGCUUUCUCAGUGGAGAGCUUAUGUCAUCGGACAUUCUCAUCCGACUUUCGACGCUGGAAAAUCAACUUGUACAUACGAACGAAAAGGUAAAAAUGCGGGAACACGUGAUCGAGCAAUUAGAGGAGGAAAUUCAGGCAAAAGAACGGCUAAUCUAUGAACAGGGCCACUUGAUACAUAUUUUGGAAAACGAAAACAAACUUGACGAGCAAGCCAUGCAAAAGGAUUUCAUGGGAAGCCAACGACAACGGUUAGACAGUGAAACGGCGGAUUCAAUACCCAGUGAUAGCGAAAUCACUAUCAUUGAUCGAUUCGCUUCCUCCAGCUCCCCUUGCCAUUCCAACUCCAACUAUAGCGAUCAUUGUGAUCGUUUGAGGGAACGAUUGGAACAGGCUCUGAUCGAACGUGAAAAGUUGGAGCUGCAAAACGAACAGCUGCUAAAGCAAUGGGAAGAAGCGCUUGAGUACGUUACAACGGUCCAAAAGCAGUUGCAAGAAGAAAUCCGCCGAAACACUGAAUUGAAAACGGCCCAAAUGGAAGCGCAAAAGAGCAAUCAUGACACGAUCACAAUCUCUCGAGGAACCUUGAACUUCGUUGUGUUGUUAGCCGUCCUGAUUGGUUUCUAUCUUUACCGAAUCUAGAGAUCUCUCUCUCUCUCUCUUUAAGUCGACACUGCCCCCUCGAGAUGACAAGACGAAGUGACAGCGUCGCUUUCCCUCAACCAGGGACUUGGGUAAUCCUAACGGGAAUACUCACGGUUUGUUGCUACCCGAAGCAGGAGCAACCGAAAGCCCUGGGCUCAGUAACCCGAUCGCUAAGUUAGCCCCAGCUAACCGACGCCUGAGAUUCCAGCUUCCUUACUGACCGCGAUCAGUAAGGGACAAGGUGCAGUCACUGACCUCUACGUUGUUGUGUUGUUAUUCGCAGUUCCAAGACAGAAUUUGUAAUUAUUGUCGGGUUCAUUAUUAGUAAUAAGUAGUUAGU